AUGUGCAUUAUGGGGAGAACUUGGAGAUGGAAAAAUUCUCCAGCUCAACCUGGUAAAGCUUAUCAUCCAACGACGGUUGAACAUUUAGCUAAUUGCAUAUCACACGUUCCAUGUGUUCCACUUGGUGUUGCUGGAAUGAUUAGACUGUAUUCAAAGGCAGAUACAUAUUCUAAAUCAGUGGCGGCAAUCGUUUAUGGUCUUGCCAUCGUCUCACUCUUCUUUGCAUCUUCAGUCUUCCAUUUGUUCUCUUUGUUCUAUAUUAAUGGGCGUUUACGUUCUACACUCCAACUCUGUGACAGAAUUGUUAUAUGCUUGUUUAUAGCAGCCUCAUAUACUCCAUGGCUGUUAUUACGUGAUUUCCAUGCAUCAUGGGGUUUAACUACACUGUGGUCUGUAUGGAUUGCAGCAAUUUUCGGUGGUGCAUUCCAAUAUGUUUAUCUAGAUAGAUUUAAAUCUGUUGAACUGAUGAUCUAUUUAGCAAUUUCCAUUUGUCCAGCUUAUAGUUUCAUUUACAUGCAUGAACAAUCUGGUCUACCAUUAUUAUUUACAGGGGCAUUUGUUUAUUUAUCUGGUGUGAUAUUUUUCAAAUUAGAUGGUCAUAUUCCAUUAGCACAUGCAAUAUGGCAUUGUUGUGUAUUUAUUGCUACAUUUUUACAAUUCAAUGCAGUCGAUACAUUUUUAUUAACAAAUUAG